AUGAAGCAAAAGAUGUAUAGCUGGGACGAGUGCAUGAAGCUCCGUGAAAUCCAAUCACUUAGGCAGCUCAUUCAUCCCAACAUUGUCAAGCUGAAAGAAGUCAUCAGAGAAAAUGACGAGCUCCACAUGGUCUUUGAGAUGAUGGAGGCGAACCUUUACGAGUUCAUGAAGUCCAGGGUGCGGUCCUUGCCCGAAUCCAAGAUCCGAAACAUAAUGUUUCAGACCAUGCAGGGCCUGCACUUCGUACACAAGACCGGGUACUUCCAUAGGGACAUGAAGCCAGAGAACGUUUUGGUAUCUGGCGACACCGUGAAGCUCGCUGAUUUCGGGCUUGCGCGACAAAUUCGAGCUCGGCCACCAUUUACUGACUAUGUUUCAACUCGGUGGUACCGAGCUCCAGAGGUUUUGCUGCGAAGCUCGACCUACAAUUCACCCAUUGAUAUCUGGGCAUGUGGUGGUAUCAUGGCCGAGCUGUACACUCUACGACCUUUGUUCCCGGGUUCUUCCGAAUCGGAUGAGCUCUACAAGAUCUGUUCAGUUCUUGGGACGCCAACCACUACAAGCUGGCCUGAUGGGUUUAAGCUUGCAUCGCAGAUCAGCUAUCGAUUCCCGCAGUUCGUGCCAACGAAGCUCGAGACCUUGGUGCCCCAAUCAAAUUCUGAUGGCAUCAACAUCAUGCAGGCCAUGAUGAGCUGGGAUCCUGCAAAGAGACCUUCGACCGCCCAAGUAUUGAAACAUCCUUACUUCGAGGUUGCGCUGAGUGAGUCGCAGCAGCACCCAGCUUCUCAGCUUCCCCAUCUACCAGCUGGCGGUUCGCAGGAUCAAAGCAUGCCAGCUCGUGCCCCUGUGCCUUCUUCGAAGCCGCCUGCACCGUUUGCUGCUGCACAGGCUGGCCAAGUUACUACCAAUAGCUUCAUAGGCACAAGGGGAAGUUGGAAAGGCGAUGGCAGCCAUCCCAGUACUGGCAGACAACACUCCGGCAAGGAGAAUGCGGCGAAUGGCUCCAUGGGCUUCAAUUUACCACCCCUGAGGGGUGAAGGCCCAAGCUCUAGCGCGAAGAAAAGCCCUGGUGCCCGCUACUUGAAGAUGGCACGCUACCAGCCAGGUAUGCAGCAGGCCCUCGUUCCUGGCCGUGCCGAGUUGCCGCAGUUACCUGCGCCACAAGCGGGGAUUGGUGCAUCGCUUCCACCGAUUAUGCGCAAAGAUCCUGCAUUGCCAGAAAGCAGUGGCAAGCAGAGUUAUUUCGGGGCACAUGCGGCCCGCAUGCUGGGAUGA